AUGUUAUUACAUGAUUGGCUUGUAAUCCUUACGGCUCAGUAUAAUGAUGCUUGUAAGCUUGUUCAGUAUGGGCAUGGAAGUUCAACGACUUCUCAUAUUGAUGUCGCAUUCUCACAAUGCCCACAACUGCAGCCUUUACCUCGAUUAGUCUUUGCUUUGCUCCGAAAUCCUCUUCUCCGCUUUCAUGAAGAAGGUGUUCAUCCUGACUACCGAAUAUACCUUCAGUGCCUAUUCAGUGCUCUAGAGCCAAGUUCUCUUCACCGGGCUAUAUAUCCGCUAUUAACAUCAUUUGCCACUCCUGAUAAACAAGCGUUCCCUCGUCAUUCUUUGAGUCGUGCUGCACUGAUAACUAGUGGCAGUCCAAUAUUUUUCCUUGAUGCAUUCACGGCUCUUAUUGUAUUUUAUUCUUCUACAGUUGACCCUACCCUUCCUUUCCCUCCACCCCAUGACUGCUUAUUGAGGACAACCAUAAACAAACUCAAGCAAGAGCGAAGCAUCACUCCAAAACUCAUAUUUAUCAGGGGAGGGCAAGAUGAUGCCACAGCAUUUGAGAACUAUCUGAUUGAAGAACAGGAUGUUGAUGGAAGUGGCUUCACAAGCGUCAUGGGUUUCGUUUCAUUCCUUGAGGAGAUCAAUCAGAGUGUUUUGGAAUACAUGAAAUAG